AUGAAAGACGUUCGGAACGGAAUAGGGAAAGGGGACAGCGACGUGGACGUGGCGGACGUGGACGUGGUCAUGGUCAUGGUCAUUGUCAUGAACGGGUACAUGAACGAUGACAAAACCUGGCAGGCGGUAGGGACAUGGACAUGGCUGGGUACCAUGAUGGUGGGAGGUCAUUGA